UACCCUCAAAAUGGCGUCGAUGACAGAACCUCUUCACUUGGAUAAAGACAUAAACAGAGCCAUUGAGCUCCUAGAUGCUCUGCAGAAGAGCAAUCAGGUCAACCCACAGAAGCUGGUUGCCCUCCAGCGUGUCCUGCAGAGUGAUUUCCUGAAUGCGGUGAGGGAAGUAUACGAAAGCGUGUACGACACGGUGGACGUGCAGGGAAACCCUGAAGUCCGGGCUAAUGCUACAGCCAAGGCAACAGUAGCAGCCUUUGCAGCCAGUGAGGGACACGCCCAUCCACGAGUUGUGGAGUUACCAAAGACUGAAGAGGGGCUUGGGUUCAAUGUGAUGGGUGGCAAAGAACAGAACUCCCCCAUCUAUAUCUCCCGUAUCAUCCCGCAUGGUGUUGCUGACCGACACCAGGGCCUGAAACGAGGGGAUCAGCUUAUCUCUGUCAACGGCGUGAGUGUUGAGGGUGAGCACCAUGAGAAGGCUGUCGAGCUGUUGAAGCAGGCGCAGGGGCAGGUGCGCCUUGUUGUCAGAUUCACUCCCAGGGUCCUUGACGAAAUGGAAGCUCGAUUUGAUAAGACACGCAGCUCAAAAAGACGCACUCCAUAGAUCUGUUAAUAAAUUACAUAUAUUAGGACCUUUUACAUCAACCAUCUUCAAUAUAUAAAAUUGCAGUUUUGAAUUUCAUAAGAUUUACAUAAUUAUGGUGUCAUGAGAUGCCCUGUACUUCACUUUUUUCCAAUAAGUGGAUUUAUUAUUAUGCUUUAAGUUAUAAAUUGUGGUUGAAGAAAGAUGGACUGUUCAUUGCAGUUGCAUAUAUGUCUUGUAGACAAUUGUCUUAUUAAUACAACAAUAGCAUUAGCAAUGUCAGAUUUUAUCCUUGCUAUAUUUCAAUGACUUUUGAUAUGUCUUUGGGUCAUAAUUCAUCCAACUUUGGAAUCAUCUUAAGAAAUAAAUACUUCAGAAUAAAUUUGUAGUUUAAUAUUUUUUUGUUCAAUUAAGUUGUUAUUCAUUCAAAAAGAAUUAGUAAAGUUCACAAACCAUUUUCUAUAGUAAAACAAUGGUAUUGGAAAUAUCCUUUUUUUCAUUAGAAAAGAUAAAAGACGGCUUUUGUCAAGAUGCUUAGAAGCGCAUACUAACGUCUGAUUUUGAUAAAACUUUGAGUGUAAAUUUGUUUAGUUGUAAAUAAUAUCACUGCAUGAAACAUUCCUUCACCUAUUCUGAAGCAGUGAAGCUUAACUGUAAAAUAUGUUUUAUCAUUAACACUGUAUAUAGUAACCUGUAUGGAAUGGUUGUGAAAUAUAUAUUCUUUAUGUGUACUGUAUGUUUACAUUUUGUAAUAGCCAUUUACCACUAGUUUUGUGUAUUUAUAUUAAUUAGCUCUUUGUACAUGUAUGUAUCAUCAGUAUAUAUAAUGAUAAACUGAUUUUUCUUGUAAAGGACUAGCUUCUUAUUAUAACCCAUCAUAACAAUAUUUAUUAAUCUCUGUACGUUUAAUACAAUGCUAAGUGCUCAGAUUCAUGCCUCCCCCAAUGGGAUUGCCAUACAGAUUCACAUUAACUAGAAUAAAGCGCUUGUCUCACCCAUUGUGUGGUCAUCACUGAGAAAUAAUAAAUGAUGGAAAUGAAA